AUGGAUGCUCUACAAUCCGAAGAUUCUUCGUCGUCAUCAAAUUCCUCAGCCUCACCGGCGACGAUCUCCACCGUCCACCCGGACAUCCUCCGGUCCCACAUCCUCAACCGCCUCGACGGCGCCACCCUCGCCGCCCUCGCCAGCACAUCCCCCGACCUCCGCUCCUUGAUCUCCUCAUCCUCCUCCUCCGACCUCUGGCGGAACAUCUGCGCCGCCACGUGGCCUUCCGUCGCUCACCCCGACCUAGCUUCCUUAAUCCCGACAUUCAAGCACGGCCACCGAUCCUUCUUCUCCGACUCCUUCCCCGCCGUCCACCACCACCGCCGCCUCUCCACCCCUAAUCCGGAUCUGGAAAUCGCGGGACGGAUCAUCUCCGCCGUCGACAUCUACUACGGCGACUCCCCGAUUUUUUCGAAAGUCGCGGAGACGGAUACGACGACGGAGUGGUUCAAUACGGCGCCGUUUCGAAUCGAGCUGCUGGAGGCGAAGGAGGUGGUGUCGACGGGGAUUAGGGAUUACUCCUCGGGAAGAGGGAAGGACGGCGCGUGGCUGAAAAGCUUGGAGGAGGAGCUGAGGGUGAGCUGGAUCGUGAUCGAUCCGGCGGGGAAACGGUCGGCGAACGUGUCGAGCGGCGUGGCGGUGUCGGUGCGGCACCACUGGCUGACGGGGGAGGUUCAAUUGAAAUUUUCGACGGUGGUGGCCGCGGCGGAGGGGGUGGAAGAGGUGGAGUUGGGGGUGGUGGUCACGUGCGGCGGGGAGGAAGGUGGGGAGGUGCACGUGCGGGAGAUCUAUUUGGGGAUGGAGGAUAUGGAAGGGAGGAGUUUGAGCGGGAGGGGUAGUUUGGGGAUUUUGCGAGGGGCGACGGAAGGGGAGCGGCGGCGGCGGAGGGGGACGAGGGUGGAAGGGAAGGCGGAGUACGAGAGGUUUUUGGAGCGGAAGAGGGAGUGGAAGCGGCGCGUGGAGAGGAGGGAGAAGGUGCUGGACACGCUCUGCCUUGUCACUGGGGUCGCUUUUUUCUUGACGUUUUUCGCCUUUCUUUUGAUGUGA